UUUGAGUGAGCCUGCCAUUCCUUAAAGAUCACUUUGCUGGUAGUUUGAGCUUCAGUAUCAUACAGCCUAACAAAUCCUUCUUCAUUUGCAACUGCCAGUAUAUGUUCAAAAUUUGGCGCUGCAGAGAAGCGGCAGCCGAAAGGAGGGACCGGCAUGCCCGUUUCCCCGUAGGAGAGGUGGUCAUCUUCCCGGCGGCACCGGUAGCUGUCGAGGAGAUGCUGGAGGGGAAGCGCCGAGGGCUGACGGGGUGGCACGGAGGGGGUGGCGGCGGCGCGGCGGAGCAGCGCCCGGCACAGCAUGGCCAGCAGCACCCAGGCGCGCGCCCUCCCGCCGCGCGGCACCGACUCCCGCCACCAAGCGCCGCGCCAAAACCUCCUCCGCCCCCCUCAUUGGGCAGCGGCGGCGCGGGCGGGAACGCCCCUCCGCGUUGCGAUUGGGCGGCGCUGGCGGGAGGCGAGCCCCGCGCGGGCCACGCCCACCCGCCGCCCAUUCACCCCGGGGUAGGUGGCGGGAGGGGGGGGGUGGACGGGGACGGCUGCGCAUGCGCGGCGUCGGCGGCGAUGGCGGGUGGCGGCGGGAAGUCGUUCCUGGCCGAGGCGGGGUACGGCGAGCAGGAGCUGGACGCCAACUCCGCCCUCAUGGAGCUCGACAAGGGCCUGCGGUCCGGGAAGCUCGGCGAGCAGUGCGAAGCCGUGGUGCGCUUCCCGCGGCUGUUCCAGAAGUACCCCUUCCCCAUCCUCAUCAACUCCGCCUUCCUCAAGCUGGCCGACGUCUUCAGGGUCGGAAACAACUUCCUGAGGCUCUGUGUGCUGAAAGUUACUCAGCAGAGUGAGAAGCACCUAGAGAAGAUCCUCAACGUGGAUGAGUUUGUGAAGAGAGUUUUUUCAGUAAUUCAUAGCAAUGAUCCAGUGGCUCGGGCUAUUACACUUCGGAUGUUGGGCAGCAUGGCAUCUAUUAUUCCUGAAAGGAAGAAUGCACAUCACAGUAUUCGUCAGAGUUUGGAUUCCCAUGAUAAUGUGGAAGUUGAAGCUGCUAUAUUUGCUGCUGCCAACUUUUCUGCACAAUCAAAGGAUUUUGCUGCAGGAAUAUGUAACAAAAUCAGUGAGAUGAUUCAAGGUUUAGCCACACCUGUGGACUUGAAAUUGAAGUUGAUCCCUAUUCUACAGCACAUGCAUCAUGAUGCUAGCCUGGCCUCCAGCUCCCGACAGCUGCUUCAGCAGCUGGUAACAUCAUAUCCUUCUACCAAGAUGGUCAUUGUUACUCUUCACACAUUUACUCUACUUGCUGCUUCUUCUUUGGUUGACAUUCCUAAGCAGGUCCAGCUUCUGUUGCAGUACUUGAAGAACGACCCCAGGAAGGCUGUGAAGAGGCUUGCAAUCCAAGAUUUAAAGUUGUUGGCCAACAAGACACCGCAUACGUGGACUAGAGAAAAUAUUCAGGCGUUGUGUGAAUCUGCUCUUCAUACCCCUUAUGAUAGUUUGAAACUGGGCAUGCUAUCUGUUCUCUCCACGUUAUCGGGGACCAUUGCUAUUAAACAGUACUUCAGUAGUGCUCCAGGAACAGCAGCUACAACUGCAAGAUCAUUUGAUUUAGUAAAACUAGCACAGGAGUGCUGUUACCAUAAUAACCGUGGCAUUGCAGCUCAUGGCGUGAGAAUUCUAACUAAUAUAUCAGCCUCUUGUCAGGAAAAAGAUCUUCUGCCUUUGGAGCAAGAUGCAGUUUUUGGCUUAGAGUCUCUUCUUGUUCUUUGUAGUCAAGAUGGCAGUCCAGGAGCUCAAGCAACCUUAAAGAUCACCUUAACUUGCAUGGUGAAAUUGGUCAAGAGCCGUCCUCACCUGAGCCAGUCGGUGGUUGAGUCUCUGUUGACCCAGCUGCACAGUGCCCAGGAUGCUGCUAGGAUCCUCAUGUGCCACUGUUUGGCAGCUAUUGCCAUGCAGCUGCCCGUCUUAGCAGAUGGGAUGCUAGGAGAUCUGAUGGACCUCUACAAAGUAAUCGGACGAUCUGCCACAGAUAAAAAACAGGAACUCUUGGUUUCUCUUGCCACAGUGAUAUUUGUUUCCAGUCAGAAAGCCUUAUCUUCAGAAAUCAAAACUGUUAUCAAACAGCAGCUUGAGAACGUCUCCAAUGGAUGGACAGCCUAUAGGAUAGCCAGGCAAGCUUCCAGAAUGGGUAACCAUGACAUGGCCAGAGAGCUGUAUCAAAGCCUGCUGACUCAGGUGGCCUCAGAACACUUCUACUUCUGGCUGAACAGUUUGAAGGAAUUUUCCCAUGCAGAGCAGUGUCUGACAGGUUUGCAAGAGGACAACUAUAGCUCAGCGCUUUCUUGCAUUGCUGAAGCUUUAAAGUCAUAUCACAAAGGAAUAGCGUCACUGACGGCUGCUAGUACACCACUUAAUCCUCUGAGCUUUCAGUGUGGAUUUGUGAAACUCAGGAUUGACCUUCUGCAAGCUUUUUCUCAACUUAUUUGUACCUGCAACAGCCUAAAAACAAGUCCACCACCAGCUAUUGCCACAACAAUUGCUAUGACAUCAGGAAAUGAUCUCCAACGGUGUGGACGCAUCUCUAACCAGAUGAAACUAUCAAUGGAGGAGUUCCGAAACCUGGCUGCACGGUAUGGUGAUCUCUAUCAAUCGUCUUUUGAUGCGGACUCAGCGACUCUAAGGAAUGUAGAACUACAACAGCAGAGCUGCCUGUUGAUUUCGCAUGCGAUUGAAGCUCUGAUUUUGGAUCCAGAAUCUGCAAAUUUCCAGGAAUACACUUCAAAUGGAACAGCACAUGUUGAGAGUGAAUAUGAAAGAAGAAUGAUGUCAGUAUUUAAUCGUGUACUAGAAGAAGUGGAAUCCCUCAACAGGAAGUAUGCUCCUGUGUCUUACUUGCAUACAGCUUGUCUGUGCAGUGCUGUCAUUGCCUUGUUGAAGGUACCCCUUUCUUUUCAAAGGUACUUCUUUCAGAAACUACAGUCUACAAGCAUUAAGCUUGCUCUAUCCCCAUCUCCAAGGAAUCCAGCAGAACCUAUUGCAGUACAGAACAAUCAGCAAUUGGCCUUAAAGGUGGAAGGAGUGGUUCAGCAUGGGUCUAAACCAGGCCUUUUCCGUAAAAUCCAGUCAGUCUGUCUAAAUGUAUCUUCAGUGCUGCAGAGCAAAUCUGGACAAGACUAUAAGAUUCCUAUUGACAAUAUGAGCAAUGAAAUGGAGCAGAGGGUGGAACCACACAACGACUACUUCAGCACUCAGUUUCUGUUAAACUUCGUGAUACUUGGCACCCAUAACAUCACAGUAGAGUCCUCUGUAAUAGAUUCAAAUGGUAUUGUUUGGAAAACGGGGCCUAAAACAACUAUUUUUGUUAAGUCUCUUGAGGAUCCAUACUCCCAGCAAGUUCGUCUUCAGCAACAGCAAGGACAACCAUCAUCACAGCAGCAACAACAAAGAAUAGCAUACUCACGGUUUUAAUUUUUAAUUCUUAGAAGUGACUCUUUUGUGGUCAGCGGUAUGACAGUUUUUCUUUGAUGCCUUUUUGGAAGGGUGUAUACUUUUUCUAGAAGGUUAAAUCUCAGAUGUCAAUUUUUUGCUUUUUAGGUUGAUUAUCCACAAUAAAUUUGAACUUGAUUCAGCAGAGGAAUCAAUUCAAAUUUGGAGUUGUGCUUAAUAUUAGACCUUCUCUGUGAUCCCUUCACUCCUGUUUACAAACCUGCUGGUUUGUAGGCUCCAUGAACUUUGAUAGUAGGGGACACCAUAAGAGCUGUUUCACUAGUACUUUCUGUACUUAAUGGUUUCAUUUUUUUUUUUUUUUUUAGCACGUGAUUUCUAACGUUGGGACAUCAGUAAAAACUUUGGCUAGUUAAUACAGAACUGAGCGAAUUGAGUGUCAUACCAAGUUUUUUUUUUUUUUUUUUUUUUUUUUAUGUGAAAGAAUUGACAGGGAUAUCCAGAGGUUUUUCUUUUGACAUUUUAAUAGCAACUCUCAGUAUUCAGCUGUUGUAUUUGUAUUACCACAAUUCAUCAGCACUAUUUGAUGCAUGCAUAUGAAAGAAAGUUGCAGCUUACUUCUCAUACCUGGUUGUUACAAAGGAAGAAGACUGCUGUCAGGGGAGUCUUAUAAGAAGCAGGAUUUUACAGGUGGGAGCAAUAACUGUUUCUCAGAUGACAUAGCAAAGAUUACUGUGAUGUUUUUACUUUCAUGUAUAUGUAUUUCAGAAAGAAUUUGUUUUUGGGAUGUUUUGUUUUUUGUUUGUUCUUUAGGAGGAAAUUAACUUGCAAGUCAUUCUUUCUUUUAACUGCUUUGUUUUUAAAAAAAAGGAAUUUAUUAUAUGUCUAAGCUUUGUAGUCUUGUGUACUCUUUGAGUGAUUUAAUAAUCCUAAUCAUUAGUUUAACAGGAUAACAUGGAGAAAAAAAAAAAAAGGGGCCAAUACUAGAAAUUGAUUCAGAAUCAUUUUGGAGAUAUGUUGACUCGUACAUAGUUUUCAUGCUUCCUUUGAAACUUAAAGGGUUGAACUUUGCCUGUGCCUGGACUCCCAGACCGCAUAACAAGGAUCACAUAACAAGUCGCUCACCUGGUCCUAAUAAAUUAGCUUUGCUUCUCACUGCAAGAAACUCUCCCACUUGAAUGGGGAGGAGGAAGGAUGGCACUUCUUACAGAUGUCACAACUUAUAAAUGGUUUAAUCCUUGUCAUUGGAGUAGAAAUUUCCAUUGUUUUGUAAGUGAAUUCCUGUUAUUUCUUCAAGUUGAUUUCACUGUAAAAGCUGACUAGAGCUUGCAGAUUCUUCUUGCUUGAUAGGCAGAGAGUGCAGUUAUUAAUUAUUACAAGCCUAGGUUUCUUUAGCUUAGCUGGAUGAAGAAUCAUUUUCACUGUCUUCCCUUAACAGUUGCUUAAGAAGUCAACUUUCUUCCUCUUGGCUUGAGACUAAGAGGGAAAAAAAAGUUGGAAGUGAUCUUGGAAGAUUUCAUAAUACCUUAGUCAGAUCCUAAACAGAAAAGACGAUGGGAUGCAAGAAUAGAAUAGGAAGAUUACAGAAUUGUUGAAAAAAUCAAGAGUCCUUCUUAAAUUCGAUUUUUAUUUUGUGCAGGAGGCAAACUACCGCUGUCCACAGAAAGUGGUGUUUUCUGUCCCCACUUCAAUGGUUAUGUAGUUAGUUUUGUGUGUGUCCAUACAUAUAUAAUAUAUGCAUUCAUGCAUACGCGUGCCUAUAACUACAAAUAGCUUAUAAGGUCCAGAAAGAGAUGAUUCACCCUUUGCACAUGCAGCCUGUCAUAUUGGAGACCUGAACUAUUUGUGGCUGGUUGUGUUUUCAUUAAAGUCCCAGGUCAUUUUCUUAGCCACAAAACCCUUCAUAUUGUAACACAGAAGAGAGGAAAAAAAAAAAAGCAAAAAGCUCCAGCCUAAAAGGUUAAGCAAUUUUUCAUACUGCAUAGAGAAUGUUUCUUGCUCAGUUAUUGACUGAUAUGUUGCUGGAAACCUGUGAUGGCAGCAUUCUAAACCAGCUUAGAAACAAAAUGAAAUUCCCACAUUUGGAAGCAGACUUUUCUCAUAAGUCAUACACUAUUCACAGUGCAUAGCUGAGCUUAUGAGAAGGCUAGUAGAAUAAACUUGAGCCAGGUCGAGGCUUUCCCUGGUUGAGCCUUAACUGUCUGUAAGCCAGUAAGAUUAACCAUGCUACAAUUCAAAAAAAAAAAAAAAAUGUUCCUUCUCCAGACAAAUUUGUUUGCCUGAUUUGAGAGGCGUUCAGAACUCCAGGGACUCGUGUCAACUUUGGAGCCAAUAAAUAAUACCUGAAAUCUGAAUGCUAGGUAUGGGAGCUUGGGAAUAGGGGGGUAAUGUCUUCUGGAAAGUGCCAAGUACUAUUUAUUAGAAAUUAACUUCUAUAAGGUGGCUUUCAUGACAAGUAUGUGAAUUUCCGACAAAUUACUAAGGAUAAAUCUGCUGCUGGCUCCUUUGCAGGUUAGAUGUGCAUGCUGAUCAGGCAGGACCCUGAACCUGUUAUUAAACUGCCAUUUAAGCAAGUGCAGUGUUUUAGGUUAUGUCAGUUUUAUACUGAGGUUGAUUUUGGCUGUGUUUUUGUUUUUAAAUAUGUAUUUUUAUUCCUAACGCAGGGUGUAAUACGCUUGGCAAACAGCAACCAAAUUUUUUCAUAGAAAUUAAUGACUCAAAAUACCCGACAAGAAGUGAGGAAGGGUGUUAGAGCUGCAGCAACGUACAGAAAGCUGUUGAAACUAUCAAGGGGUAAAUGUGAUCCUUUACUAUUAAUAGAAAUAGAGAGGUUAUCUUGCUUGACUCCUGUUUCUGGUGCCUGUACUUGAUCCUUUGUCACACAUCUUCUAUGAAGUACUUCUGUGAUAUGGGCCCAAGUUAAAUCUCCGUAACAUUUCUCAAUAAACAAAGCAGUAACUUGAUCACUAUGGGUACUGCACACUAAUAAUGGCAGAUGAUUCAGGUCUCCUGCUCACUGGCAAAAGUAGGAAAAUAUUCAGUGGCUAGUCGUUGGUCUUGAGACUGCUGCUAAGAGUUCAAACUGAAAAGCUUAUGCAGGCAAAUACUAGCUAUGUCAUUAUUUAGUCUUUUUAAUUAAGAUACACUUUCAUCUAGCUUUGAUAAAUUCUUGGGAUGGGGAAGGGUGGAGCUGAUUAUCAAACUCAGAUGAGUUUAGAAACAUCCAUAAUACAUGCAGUCCUGCAUUAAGCCAAUAGUAAUCAGGGGCUAGAAUUUAAGCUGACUUCCCCAGGGAUGAUGUAACCAGACUUUCUCAGACGUGGAGAAAAUCUCUUAAAGCUGGAGAAAACGCAUCCUUGCAAACCUGUGCUCAGGCAUAUCAGAAAGUGUCAUUUCUAGAUACCCAGCCAAUCUCUUGCUCAAGCCAAUGUGGAUCCUUAACAAGAGGUUUUCUUGGAGGCUGUGGGAGACACUUCCAGUAGUGAAUUAUCUGCUGCAGCUAUGCCUGACAUCAUUUAACCACCUAAUAUUACCAGUUAAUGGCACAUAUAUGCACAAAGGUGUUACUUUAUAACAGGAAAGUUUCUUCAGAGCCCCAGACUGGAUGACAGGCACCUCGGGAUCUGUAAGGGCUAUUUCCUUGAGUGAGCUUCCUAGAACAUGGGUUGCCCACAUGAAGGCCAGGAAAUGAGGACUAAGGGAGUUUGGACUGAAAUUUUGCUGAGAGUAAGCUCAAGUAUAUGCUCUGAGUUGCUUGCAUGUGAUA